UAUAUAUUCAGCAUGAACGGGGCUAAAGGAAUUAAGGGGGAUAAGAAUGAUCAUGUGGUGAUUCAUUCGUAUUUGACGAAUAUUCAUGCGUAUUGUGAGAGGAAAUAAGAAAAAGAAGGCAGAAUGUACAAAAAGUCACGAUCAAGGUUUUCAAAGCUUAGAAAUGGAUAAAAAUCAAAAUUUCAGAUCAACUAAGUAACAUAACUGGUCAAUUCAAGGAAGAAAGCCUAAGAAGUAGCAUUGAAUCCCUCCCUACAACACAAAAUGAUAAAAUAUCUAAACAGAAAUUAAAAUACAACAUUUACGAAUUGUACAGUAAGAAAAGAAAAAAGUCGAAUAAGAAUAAAAAGAUGAUUUUCAAGUCAUCCAAACUUGUAGACACAGAUGCAGCUAGUACUCUCUAUACCCAAGACACCAAGAGAUGGAAAAUUGGAGUUGAACAGCCGGAAAACAGACUUUCAUUCAUGAAGCGGAUGCAAAAUAACAAAACGACUAAGACUAACAAGGAGAAAUCAUGUGUAAUCCAGAAGAGUAACAAGAAGAAUCUGAAAGAGUCAAGCAUCAGAAUCCUCAAGGCUAACAGUAUUGACAAAAGAGAGAAAUAAAAAUACAUGAAAAUCCCUUCAGAUGACAGAUGUGAAGCGGAAGACUCUCCAUAAGUCUGUCAUGCCGAAGGUCAGGACAGGCCUUCCUCCAGAUGAGAAGGACUCAUCUCAGAAGAGGUCACUCAUGGACCACUUUGAGAGGGUCAAGCCCUCCAAAGUUUUCUCAGAGACUUCUCCGAAUGCGUCGAUCACUUCCGUUCCAAAGGAGUUCCUUACAGAUACUUCUGGAAUGGAAGAGACUGAAAAGCGAGGACUUUGAAAAAGGUUUCACACUAAGAGCCAGUAUUCUGCUCCUACAGGCCAAGGGUACAAGAGUCCUACUCGAAAGCAGUCCAAUAUUAACCAAUAUGAAAUCCCUGUCGCUACCUAUGAUGAGGACUACAGUUUUCAGAACUCAAGGCAAGCAGGAAAUUACAAGUGAUCUUUAUGGAAGAUCCAACAGACUAAAAUCAACAAUAACAUCAAGAAAAUCACUCAGAACAGAGAACAAGAAGAGACUAAUCUCAGCUCUCAUUCUUUAGCAAAUCCUUUAAUGAAAAGACCCCAAAUGGGUGCUUACAAGAGUAACAGGAAAGAAACUAUUCUGAGACUUGAUCGAAGGAGUACUGAAGCAACUCCUUCAGAUAGAGCCAAAGGUUCUGCCUUCAGCAGUAGGAACAAUACUAAAAUCCUCCCUGAUGGCUACAGUCUCCCUCGAGAAGACUCACAGCAUGACCAGAAGAGUGUGGAAAAAGAUAAUCGGAGGAACAAAUUGCUGUAUUCUAACAAAAAUGAUGACGAUUACUACUGUCCGCAGAUUAAGAAUAAUUUCCAGGUCAAGAAAGACACAGCAGAUUUUUUCUUACUAAAUUCUACUCCUUCAGAAGAGAAGAAGUUGACCAUCAGUGGGAUCAGCAGCAGAAAGAAUGACAAUGCUGUGGCACCCAGUGCCAUCUACAGAGUACCUGCUAGGAAAAAGGAAUAUCUCCCUUGGAAAGGUAAUACGAAGGAAGGAAGAUUUCAGCCAAUGUCUCCUCAUUAUGCAUACAAAAAGCUAAACGGAGUUCCCCAAUAUGAAUACCUUGUCCGAGCUGAGAGGGUGAGAGAAAGAUCCUGAAAUAGCUCUAAAAUAAAGUCCCAUUGAAUAUAA